AUGAACAUUUUAAGUGCAGAGAAUCGACAGAAAAGCGAGGAUUGGAGACGCAAGAACAAGAGACCACUGAAGUACGGCAACCCUGACAGGACAUUCCAACAGUCACAUCAACAUCCGGGCACCAUGGAACCACCUCCCGACGAGGAUCGUCACUUCCGGGACGAGCACUACCCGCAACGUCACUUCCGGCAAACGUUUGGUCACGUCAUGAACCAGGGUGGAAACCUCCUCACGCCCGACCAACUCAAGAAACGGAACAAAAAGACCCACGAAACCGUCGCGAAAGCUCUUCAACAGACUUUCGAGAAACUAGACGAUCUGAGGAGGUAUUGUUUCGUUUGUGAGAGGUCAGACAAGGUCAACCGUUGCGCCAGGUGUCAGAUGGUGUACUACUGUGGACAGAAGUGUCAGAAGAAGGAUUGGGCGAGGCACAAGAAAGUCUGCAAGUUCCUGAGUGGGGAAAGAAUAGAUCAGGUUACAGAGACGCUUCCGGUUCAGAACGCCUGCCAUGUUCUGAAGCCGGGGCGCACUUGGAGCAAGCCGGCGGGAGAAGUCGCGACCUGGGCCGACUGGUUAUCCAUCAACCCCUCGGUGGUUUCCGAGAUUCAGCGGAACGUCCCGUCCAUGGUAGAGUGGUACAAGUUCAUCGGGAGACCUACAACCGAAGCCGCCGUGACCGAAUCUCUUCAACGCUGCUGUACGGAGAUGCUAACCCACCCUAUCGUCAUAGGAAAGGGAUUGGUAACUUUUAACGUGGACCCACGUGUAAAACCUGUCCACAUUCACAUGGUAGGCGCAGCAAAGCCCGAACUUUUAAUGUCGGAGAUAGACACCACCAAAGAACUUUCCGCCAUGUUUCCCAAUCACAAAGGCAUGCGGAUUCUUCUAGUAGGGCCCGAGGUCCCUCAUAAACUAGCCCAUGGUAACCCUCCUAGCAACAAGACCCUAAGUAAAGGGAAGAUAGAGUAUGUGUAUUCGAACGAGUUGUACCAUGAUUUUGUACAUAGAUAUGUUGACCACGACAGGUGUCCAAAAGCUGAUCUGGUCAUAGCUCUACAUCCAGGGCUUCACACCGAAGUUCUUAUAGAACCGUGGACGCCCACCAUCAAUCUCUUGCUAGACAGGGAACUUCCGACGGUUUUUACCAUGUAUAACGUAGCUGAGUAUGAUGACUCGUUAGAAAUUCUGAUCCCGUUUCGACCAAAUUACGUACAGAGUGGUACUAACCCUUUUGGGUCUCUCUUGGCGAAGCAGACACCGUUUGACUUGAAUCAGGUCUUCGCUUCCAAUAGCUACAUUAUGGCUAUAAAAGGAAGGGAAAAGUAGUGGCACUGUGGCAGUAGUGGUAUAGAUGUGUGGAAGAGACACGAUUUUUGUCUGGCUUACCAGUUGUAAGCGCCAAUCAAUGGCCUUGGCGCACGGGUCUGUGAUUCGUCCUUCUCGCCCCGUUAGUGCUGAUCUGAUCUGAUCAGCCGUCAGCCAAUCAGAUGCUCCCCUCUCUUGACGAUACAAAGUAACCGGCCAAUCAUGUUGCCUCUUACCCGCAAGAGGCGACGUGAUUGGCUAGUGAUGCCAUGGAUAUCUAAUGCGCUCACACCACAGCGAGAGGACGUUCGAAUCGCAGGCCUUUACACCAAGGCCGUAGUUUGGCAUGCAGUGUUCC